CCCACAGCAACACGGCUUCUCUUCCAGCGCUCGGCGACAGGGGCUUCCCCUCAGCCGCCGCCGGCACCGCCGCCGCCGCCGCCGCCGCCGCCGCCGGCCGAGCUCCGCCGCGCCCGCGGCCCUGCGGCCGCCAUGCAGUUUAUGUUGCUUUUUAGUCGUCAGGGAAAGCUUCGACUGCAAAAAUGGUAUGUCCCACUAUCAGACAAAGAGAAGAAAAAGAUUACAAGAGAACUUGUUCAAACCGUUUUAGCACGGAAACCUAAAAUGUGCAGCUUUCUUGAGUGGCGUGAUCUGAAGAUUGUUUACAAAAGAUAUGCUAGUCUGUAUUUUUGCUGUGCUAUCGAGGAUCAGGACAAUGAGCUAAUUACCCUGGAAAUAAUUCAUCGUUAUGUGGAAUUACUUGACAAGUAUUUUGGCAGUGUAUGUGAACUUGAUAUCAUCUUUAAUUUUGAGAAGGCUUAUUUUAUUUUGGAUGAAUUUCUUUUGGGAGGGGAAGUUCAGGAAACAUCCAAGAAAAAUGUCCUUAAAGCAAUUGAGCAGGCUGAUCUACUGCAGGAGAAAACAGAGAAUAUGUAUCACAGCAAGAGUUUCAUGGGGUGUAAGAAAGCGUACUAGAAUACGUGCUGGAGUACUGACAUGCAUCAAAAUGUAGUAGGAUCUAUGAAUUCAGUUUGUAAUUAUAAUUUUGUCAAGUUUGUUAUUUAUAUUUUAGGAUAAAAAGUCUAAUUAUACUAAGUCUCAAGGGAUAGUCCCCAAACCUCGCUUAACUGAUAUUUUCAUAGGGAAUUUUAUUCUGAUAAUAAUCCAUCUCUGGGACUAUUUUUUUACACAAAGAAUAUUGAAAGAGGUCAGAGGUUCAUUGGCCAAAAAGUAUUAUUAAGUACUGUGAAGCACUAAUGUCAUUGAUACAGAUGUAAAGAAAUAGAAUUCCCCUAUGAAAAUGAGAGCUUCUAUACGAAAAUGAAGCAUUUGGGGUUUAUUACUAAUAUAAUUUUAACUUGCUGGUUCAUUCCACUAUAUCCUGAGUGGAAAAACAAAAGCAAAACACUCUCUUUAAACUGUUUUAAGAUUAAUUAUUUGAGGAUUAAAAUUUAAUUGGCGCUUCUUAGAUACUUUUGUAUUUAAUUGUAUAAGGGAUCUGUUAUAUAUUUGACCAGUUUACAUGACUUUGUAGCCUAACAUUUCAAAAUGCCAGCUUUCAUAUUAAUAUGAAGAUAUUUUAAAGGCACUCAAAUGAGCAGUUUUAAACUUUGAGUCACAAGCCUUUUGGCAGGGGUAUAAUCCCUCUGAGAGUCUGAAGAGCCAUGGGCCCUCUUCUCAGGAAAAUCUGUAUGUAAUUUUGCCACUAGUUUCAGGGGGUUCUUAAAGUCCCUAGAAAUCCAUCUCUGGGUUGUUUGAAAACCUCACCUCAGGGUACCUCAUUGAUGUGGGAAACUUCUACUUACAUACAUUUGUAGGCAUAGACAUUAAAUCUUUUUGGAGAGUUCUCUAAAAUCUAUCUUGAGGAUUAUUUAAAAAAUAAUAUCCUUGGUCUCAAAGGCAUAGUCUUUGGAAUUUUUUUUUUUAAGCUAAGCAAACCGUUAAACACCUCCAUUGCUACUUAAAAUACCAAAUGGGUGACUACUUUUCCACUUUUUCUUGGCAAAGAUUUUCCUUUAGGAUCUGUAGAAGAGUUUAUGGUCACCUGAGGAUGUAAUGAUUUCCAUUAAGGGAUUAAAUUCCUUUACUUCGUGUAAUAAAAUCCUGACAUACUUGAAGACUGGCAGGAGGUAGUAGUAUUCUAAUUGAAUUUUCAGUUAACUCAGUAUUGACCAGAUGAUUUUACACUGAAAAUCUUUUCAUACUCAAGAUGAAUUGGAACUAAGCACUGUUUAUAAGUUAAAUGUUCAGCCAUACACCAAAGAACGAAAACAAAAAUGUAAGCUUCCAUUUUCCUUACUGUGCACUAAACAUUCUAGGAAUCUGAUUGUGUCUGUCAGUUUGUACACUGUGUAAGAAUAUAUGCAUUUCUUUUGUAGCCACGUCAUGAAUAUUUUAAUGUCCCUGUGUACUAAAUGACUACUCGUCGUGUAUGCAGAAUUUCACAGAGGAAAUAGAGAGCUGAUAUACUUAUGAAAGAAAAUAUCCUCAGCUUGGUGACUAUCUUGUACAAUAGAUCAUUUCAGAACCAGUACCUUUACGAUUGUAAUUGUUUUUCCCGUCCUCAUUUUUCUUUUUCUGUUUUAUUUUCAUUCUGUAUGUGAUCUUGAUGUAGUUUAUUCCUGCUCACAGCUGGUAUAAUUUCUUCUUGAAAUAUGACCUAUGAAUGUUUUGAGUAGUUCAUCUUAAAGACAUACAUGUCAUCAUUUAUGAACCAUCUAUGAUUAAAAUCUUGUAAGAAAAAUUUAGCAAUCGUUAAAAUGUUCACCAAAGAAAAUAUAGCGGAAACGCCACGGCAAAAUAAGCAGUGCCAUGCCAUGAUAUAUAAUGUGGCUUGGUCUUCAGAUGUUCGGGGGAGAAAAGAAAUUCUAUUCAGUGUGACUAUUUUACAGCCUCUGUGAGCUACCGUAUUCUAAUGUAUCACAUAAAAGUGUACUUGGAAGUAAUUUGAGAGAGUAAAAUCUGUACUGUUACAUAAUAUUUAAGGGUAAAACAGUCACAGUUCUUAAGUUUGUGAUGCCACAUUUAUUGAUCACAUUUGUGCUAUACAGUAUUGAACAGUCCCUUUAAGACACAUCAGAGAAAGCGUCAGAAGUGUCUUCUGCAAUAUAUAUUGUUCAGUAGGAAGUAACCUUUUCAAAAUGUUAAUACUGAGUUCUAAGACUCAGUUUAAAUACUAAUAUUUUACUAUAGUUUUAUAAUAUCUAAGUCUCCAUUUAAAUACUUAAUGCUUUGUUAACUAUGGUAUUAUACUCUAAAUAUUAAGACUUUUAAUAUGACAUGCAACUUAUUUUAUUAUAAAAGGAAAAGUACCAAAUAAUGCAGCGUUUCUAUCUAGAGAGUUUAAAGCCUGAUUACAGAAGCUAUCUUAAGGCAUCGAUAAGCAAAUUCCGAAGUCACUCGAGCAGGUUCAGUGCUGACGGAAGACCUAUGAAAAUGUAGACUAGGCAGGGACGCAGAGCAGUUCUUUCGGGUCCCCGGGUCCUGCAGUACGUGGCAAGCACCUGGAUGGGCUAGCAAAUGAGAGGAUGGGCUAGCAAAUGAGAAACUUGGCAUUCGCCCUUGAAAGCAUUGGGAAACACGGGUCCUUCAUUUCCAUUUUUGUCCUCUGUCCCUCCCCCACCCUGCAAUAUGUCAUUCAUCUGGUUUUACUGCUGAAUAUGCACUGUCUCAUGCCUGUUUGCUUUGGAUGCGGUGUGCUGAGCUGUAACAAGAUGUUGCUUCUUUUAUUCUUUGUAUACAGCUGCUUGCUUAAAAUUCGUAGAUUCUGAAAUUGCUUUUCUUGCAUGUCUAAAAUAAAAGUAUUGCAUGUACUUUGUCUCAUGUGAAUGACUUUUUUCUUCUUCAUCCCUUUUGACAAAUAAUCUAUUUUAUAUUUUGGUUUUUCCAGGUAAUUUUAUUAGGUCGUGUUUAAAAAACCCUAAAGUGGUUAAUCUGGCAAAUUUUCUUAAGUGUACAGUUCAGUACUGUUAAGUAUAUUCACAGUGUUGUGCAACUGCUGUCCAGAAAUUCCUCCUCCUGUGAAACUGAAACUGUACCCAUUAAACAAUUCUCCAUUCCCCCUCCCCUCAGCCCUUUGUAACCACCAUUCUACUCUCUUUCUAUGAAUGUGACUACUUUAGAUAAUGGUUUUUCCAGGUAAUUUUGAACUACAAGUUCAGUGUCAACAUGGGAAAAUUACAUUUGAUACUAUGAACACAAUUUGUAAAAAAAAAAAAAAAAAAAAAAA